AUGAAGUAUUUGGGUAAGGAAUACUUCUUAGCACUGUUUGCAAAAACGAGAAGCGAUCGAAUUCCUCGGGGAACGGUCACAGUAUCUGCUUUAGAUAAGAUAGCAAGGGUUGAAAUCUUCCUGAACUCUACUGUACAGUUUAAGAAUGCCAUGUAUUACAACGGCGACAUUUUGAUAUACAUUCUUCGUCCAUUCGAAUCCUUACAGCUUCGUCCGAAAUAUACAAAUAUAACGGGUUCUCGUGUCGUCGCGAACACCUCUGUUACAGUAACAGUUGGCGCUGAUUGUGUCAAUGUUCCCGAAGACAUCAAGUAUUGUGACCAUCUGUCAGAACAAUUAGCACCACUGGAAGCAUGGGGAGCACUCUAUGCGUUAAGCCCGUUCCCAGUUAGACGUUCUGGAUAUAUAUUUCAGAUAGUAGCAGGCCGGGAUAGCACAACGGUAUACUUUUACAACGGAACUACUGUGGAAAUGAACAUGGGUGAUUUCAUAACAGUUAACAUUCCUUCCCAAAACAUGACCUUCGUUUCUGCAGACAAGCCAAUUUCUGUCAUUCAGUAUGUCAAAGGGAAAACCUCAGACAGCAUGACUAAUUCUGACCCUUCAAUGAUUAGAGUCAUUCCGAUCGAACAAUAUGUAAAAAGCACAGUCUUUCCUGUAGAACAAGCCAACAGAUUGUCAACGUCGACAAACAUUAAUACCGUCUAUCUUGAAAUCACCUCCGAGUGUAAAUACUUGAAGAACAUCUCGGUUUUCCAAAACUAUCGACCAUUGUCAAGAGAAUGGAUAGAGGAAUAUUCUCUAAAGAUACUCAACGGAACUGAAAUGUGCUCAAGAUGGUGUGUCGUUACAGAUGGCAGAUACUCCGUAGAAAGUGAUCGUGUCAUCACUGACGACGGACAGACGAUCUACCCCAGGUUUCGUGCAGUCGUAUAUGCUAUAGGUAAAGAUGAAUCAUACAUAUACCAAGCAGGAUCAAGCGAUAGAACAUUGAAUGAUAUUUCGGAAUCAGAGAGUACUACGAAUACAGGUCACCUCCAAGUUUUGAUCAACCCUCAUUUCGUCAUCGUAGAGGCCACUGCACUCGUCGUAUCCUGGGUGAUAACAGAGGAUGGGGUUGGUCUCUUUGAUAGGUGCACUGCAUUUAUUACAGGAGACACCAUAGCCCGAUCUGUCCUUAUCAACACCGAGCCACCUGUAAGCCUUUCAGGACUUCUUCCAGGAACCAAGUACUCCAUCAGGAUCAACUGCUCCAACAACUUCGGAAUCCAUGACUGGAUUGACUUUCCACCCGAGACCACUCUCAACGCUGUUCCUGAUAGACCUUCUGUUCUAUACGAGACUGUUGGUGGAAUUGACAGUUACAGCUUUCAAGUCAACGUGUCAUAUACAACAUCAACUGGACAGAUCAGCUGCUAUGAAUUCAUCGUUGUCCAACUGCACAAUUCUUCGGGAAACAUUGAUUCCGAUGACGAUGCUUACUAUGAUGUCAGUGAUUACAAGAUCACCAAUAACCAGAUAGGAAUUCCCUUCAGAGUGAUGGUGCUCAAAUCCCUCCCGAUCGAUAACGUCAUCACGAUCGGAUCGGUGAUAGAGAGACAAUCAGAAUGCAACAUGGCGGAUGGACAUAGUGAAGAUGAUGAAAGAACAAAACGAGAUGCACGUAUUGUGAAUAGUACUAUUCUCAGAGCUACAAAUGGUCCGCUUAAUCCAGGUGGAUAUUACACCUGUUUUCUUCGAGUUUACUCACCAACCGGCAAAGGCGGGGUUAGUAUUCUCAUUCUUUUCUCCUCGACCUCAUCUCUGCUGAAGUUUUAUGUAUUUCUUUUAAUGUUUUGA